AUGGACUGGAAAGUUGAGCAGAUUAGUGAGAAACUGAGUUGCAGGCUUGAUGAGAUUGUCACAAAGAGGAUGAAGGACAAGGAUAGAGGUUAUAAGGACUUCUUGUCAGUUAUAUUGAAUGCAAGGGAGUCAGAGAAAGCGACGAAGAAUGUCUUCACCAUGGACUACCUUAGUGCAGUUACUCAUGAACACCUACUUGCAGGGUUCGGCCUGCCUGAUCAGAUGCCCACAGCUCAUGAUCUCCACCACAAACUCCCCUAUCUUGAUCAGAUUGUGAAAGAGGCAAUGAGGUUUUAUACACUCACCCCAUUAAUUGGGAGAAACAUCCACACAAGUAGAGAUAGGAGGUUAUGUUCUCCCAAAGGGCUCCUGGAUCUGGAUGGCACCAGGGGUUCUAGCAAAAGAUCCAAAAAGUUUCCCAGAACCGGACAAGUUCAGCUAGAGAGGUUUGAUCCAAAUUGUGAGGAGAAGAAACAAAGGCAUCUUUAUACUUACAUACCCUUUGGAAUUGGGCCUCGAGCAUGCCUAGGCCAGAAGUUCUCCUUGCUAGAAAUAAAGCUCACACUGAUUCAUCUAUACCAAAACCAUGUAUUUUCACCAUUCCCCCAAGAUUGA